AUGGACUUGGGGUUUGGUAACGUACGUACCCAAACAACGGUAGAGACUGGAGAGGGAAGAGAGAGUGAACGAUGCUAGCCCAUUUAUCAACCCCUCGCCCGGGUUCUUCGCGCUUCUUUUCCGCCGUCUUCUCUUCUCUGCCUUCGAAGCUAUUACCUCGUUUCUCUCCGGCGAGUUUCUGCCCCCGGCGGACGCUGCUCUCUCCUGACGACCAAUUGAGAUCGAUUCUUGGACGUGAACCUCGCAAGCGUUUCUCCAGAGCCGUUUCAAUGGAUUCUUCUUCUGCAACUGAUGCAAGUUUGUCGGUGGAGUCCGUCACCGAUAAUCUUAGAAACCAGAGUUUGGGCGAAAACAAGGUUCGGUUGAGGCUCGAAGAUCUUAAUUGGGACAAUUCAUUCGUCAGAGAGUUGCCUGGGGAUUCUAGAACUGAUACAAUUCCGAGACAGGUACUACAUGCUUGUUAUACGAAGGUGUCCCCAUCUGCUGAAGUGGAGAACCCUCAGCUUGUCGCAUGGUCAGAAUCAGUUGCUGAGUUGCUUGAUUUGGAUUCUAAAGAAUUUGAAAGGCCAGAUUUCCCACUUAUAUUCUCAGGUGCAUCUCCUUUGGUGGGAGGGUUGCCCUACGCCCAAUGCUAUGGAGGACAUCAAUUUGGCAUGUGGGCUGGUCAGUUGGGUGAUGGUCGUGCAAUAACUCUUGGGGAGCUUCUGAAUUCUAGAGGUGAGAGGUGGGAGCUGCAGCUCAAAGGUUCUGGUAAGACUCCAUACAGCAGGUUUGCAGAUGGCCUAGCAGUUCUGCGUAGUAGCAUCCGGGAGUUCCUCUGCAGUGAAGCAAUGCAGAGCUUGGGAAUCCCAACGACCCGCGCACUUUGUCUUGUCACAACUGGAAAAUAUGUAACCAGGGACAUGUUCUAUGAUGGUAAUCCGAAGGAAGAACCUGGUGCAAUUGUCUGUAGAGUUGCUCAGUCCUUUCUGCGUUUUGGUUCAUACCAGAUACAUGCCUCGAGAGGCAAAGAAGACCUUGACAUCAUUCGAGUUCUGGCGGACUUCACCAUCCGGCAUCAUUUUCCUCAUAUUGACAAAAUGAGCAAGAGUGAGAGCCUCUCUUUCCAGACUGGUGAGGAAGGUUCUUCAGUUGUGGAUUUGACGUCCAACAAGUAUGCAGCUUGGGCAGUCGAAGUUGCCGAGCGAACUGCUUCAUUGGUUGCCAGAUGGCAGGGAGUCGGAUUCACUCAUGGUGUGCUGAAUACUGAUAAUAUGAGCGUGCUUGGUCUCACCAUUGAUUAUGGUCCCUUUGGCUUUCUGGACGCUUUUGAUCCCAGUUACACUCCUAAUACUACAGAUCUUCCUGGAAGAAGGUAUUGUUUUGCAAAUCAACCAGACAUUGGCUUGUGGAAUGUUGCACAGUUCGCUGCAACUCUAUCAGCUGCGAAUUUGAUAAAUGAGGAGGAGGCAAACUAUGCCAUGGAGAGAUAUGGAACCAAAUUCAUGGAUGAGUAUCAGUCUAUAAUGACCCGUAAACUUGGUCUGCCAAAGUACAAUAAACAGUUAAUCAGCAAACUUCUCAACAACAUGGCAGUUGAUAAAGUUGAUUACACGAAUUUCUUUCGGUUGCUUUCUAAUAUUAAAGCAGAUCCUAACAUCCCAGAAGAUCAGCUGCCGGUUCCUCUAAAGUCUGUCUUACUAGAUAUUGGCCAUGAGCGAAAGGAGGCAUGGAUUAGCUGGGUGAAGAUCUAUAUACAAGAGCUUUCUGCUAGUGGCAUCCCGGAUGAGCAGAGGAAGGCUGCAAUGAAUUCUGUAAACCCCAAAUUCAUUCUCCGGAACUAUUUAUGUCAAAGUGCUAUAGAUUUAGCUGAACAAGGUGACUUUGAAGAGGUAUGUAGGCUGCUCAAGGUUAUGGAGCGGCCAUACGAUGAGCAACCGGGAAUGGAGAAAUAUGCACGAUUACCCCCUGCAUGGGCUUAUCGGCCUGGUGUGUGCAUGCUGUCUUGCUCUUCUUGAGGGGCUUGCCUGCUAGAUACAAAUUUCAGAAGAAAAUGUAACUAUCUGUUGUAUAAAAUAGUAGAAGUUCAGGUUGAAAUCAAAUUUGGAAAUCCCUUUUUUCCCUCCUGCGUCUGCGGAGUAUCCUGUUGUUUGUGUUAAUGUCAGCUAGUCUUUAGGCAUCCGUAGCAAAUCAGCAAGGAGCUGCUGAGGCUAUAUGCUUUCUUGUUUUAACAUACAAAUGAACGUGAGCAUGACUGAGGUUUAGUUUUUGACAA